UCGGAAUUUUUCACAACGCGCCAUGAACACCGGUUAAAAUGACAGCCAAAACAAAGUUUAUGAGAUUGGAAUCAGAAAUCGAGAAAUGUAGAAACGAUUCGUGUUGGAUAAAAGCCAGCGAGCUAGCACGGCAACUUUCCAGUAAAUCCUCCGAAUUAGACUAUUAUGAACAGUUUACUCUGGCAGAAAGUCAUUUAGAGGAGUACCUCAAAGAAAAUCCUCCAUUAGAGAAAAACAGCAGCAAGGCAAGGGCACACCUGGCAGAUGCAGAAAAACAAUUGAAACUUAUUGCCAAGGCAAAAAACAAGUUGAGCCUGGAUGCCAAUUUGUUGCUUGCAAAAAUCAGCUACAGCCAGGGCCAAUAUGAGGCGACUCUUGAUAUAUUUGAUGAGAAUGUAAAUCUGGAGGAGCUGGCCUCAAAGGACUUUGCUACCACACGCCAGCUUCAAAUAGUGGCAGAGUCUUUUGCUAUCAAAGGUAUUUGUAUAGAGAAGGUUGGACCUAGCUCCACCAGUAAAUUUCGUGUAGCAGAACAGGAAGAGAAGAUUAUCAGCUGCUAUGAGAAGGCUGGUGACCUAGCUUUACUGUACCUCCAAGAGAGGGAUAGGACAGGCAGUUCCAGUGGUUCUGGAGUCAGUCCAUCCCCAACACCCUCAAUUCCUCAGGAAGAUAGUCUUGGCAUGAUCCUGGAGACAGCACUACAACAGUCACCCAUUCUCUAUAUAAAACGAGGAAAUCUGGAAAAAGGUGUCAACAGGUUUAGAGAUCUUUUGAGAGCAGUAGAAUCCCGCUUCACACAAGGAUUACGACAGACCCUGGCACGUCAACUGGCAGAGGUGCUGCUACGUGGAAUGUGUGAGAACUCGUACAUUCCCAUAGGACCAUCGAUGAAACCCACUACUCUGGCGACACACUCACUCCAGCCAAGAAAGUACUCUGGUGACAGACAAUUUCUGCCGAGAGAUGAGAAUGAGGAGGCACUACUACUACUGCUCAUAGCCGAGGCUAUUGCGACUCGGGAAGCAGUGUUAAACAGAACAGAGGAACAUGAUGAGGCACGUCUUCAUAGUUUCAUGAAUACGACGGUUGUGUUUGAUCUCCUUGCCGUGGCUCUAGUCAAACGUGCUCAGUUCAGCAAGCUCUCAGAGUCAUUUGAGCGAGCAAUGCGGUUCUCAUUUGAAGAGUUUCAUAUCUGGCACCAGUUUGCUAACUCCCUCAUAUGUGCUGGAAAGUAUACAAGGGCCCUGCUGGUGCUGAAGGAAUGUUCUCGUCUCAAACCUCAGAACUGUACAGUAUUACUGCAGGGAGCAAAGCUCUGUUACGAGUAUUUACACCAGUAUACAGAAGGUAUCCGGCUAUCAGAACAAGCCCUGGAGUGUCUGGCUGAUGACCAUCCACUGUGUGCAAGAGUGCAUGUAUCCCUCGGCAUUGGCUACAGUCUGGCUGCCAUGGAAAUGAGACUGCAGGCGGAUAGACAGCAGUACAAUAAGAAAGCACUGGCAGCUUUUAACAGGGCACACAUGUAUGACCCCAGUGACUAUUUGGCAUUGUUUCACCUGUCCCUACAGCUAGCCAUACACAGACAGAUCAAUGAUGCAAUUAAGAAUGUGAGGCUGGCACUACGUUACAGAAAUGAUCACAUCCAUUCCCUUCAUCUUCUGGUUCUAUUACUGACAGCACAGAAACAAUUUGAUGAAGCUAUAUCUUUACUUAAUGCAGCUUUAGAUGAGUACCCAGAAAACCUCAGUUUGAUGUUGACCAAGUCAAGAUUGGAGGAGAUCCUAUAUGGUCCAGAACAGGCACUAUCUACUUGUAAACACAUGUUACAACUGUGGAAGGAAUUAUACGAGGUUGAUACAGAGGAGGCUGUGACAGAUGUCCGCAGUAGCCGGCGACCCACAGCUACGGAUAGGACACAGUUUGACCGCAGAAGUUUUGCACAGUUACAGCUUAAUGAACUGAAUGAGAGGGACACUGGUUCAUUAAGAGCAGAGUCUAUAGCAGCAUCUCGGGUGGAACAGACAAUGUCUGAAGUAGCCUCUUCCUUAAAUAGUACAUUCCAGCCUCGUCCAGGCUCACAACAGACAUGGCUUCUUCAGGCCCAAAUAUGGCUUCAUCUAGCCGAGCUGUAUCUGACACUUGACAAGAUGUCCGAAGCUGAGGCCUGUGUCGUAGAGACCAGCACAAUCUUCCCUCUCUCUCACCAGGUGGCAUUCAUGAAAGGACGAGUUCUUGAACACAAACUUAAGUACACUGAAGCUAAACUGUGCUAUGAGGAUGCCAUUUCUAUUAACCCAGGCCACACAAAAUCUCUACAACACCUGGGUAUGGUGCUACAUCAACUAGAGAAUGACAAGAUGGCUGAGAAAGUACUAAGAGAUGCUGUCAACACUGACCCCAUAUCUCACGAGUCAUGGUAUCUCCUUGGCUUAGUUCUGGAGACACUUGGUCAGGACGAUGCAGCUACUGACUGUCAUACAACAGCAUUAGCACUGGAGGCCAGCAGUCCAACUGUUCCAUUUACUGUCAUACCACGUCUCAUGCAGUAAUAAGAAAUUCAAUUUUAAUUAACAACUUAUGCAGAACUUUUGUAAUCCUUCUUCAUGUAAAUGUGUUCAAUUUCGGUUUAGGAAUAAAAACUAUCCAAAACAUCCCAUACUUAGGAUUGGUCACAAGUCUGAAUUCUCCUUACUUCUUGGGAAUAAUGAACAGGGGACCUUGACCUUUGUAUUAAACAAAACAGUCUCCAUCUUCAUUUGGAAUACAGUUGGAUGACAUGUUCACAAAAUAUACAUUAUUUUUAUGCUGUCUUUUUUUCUAAAUAUCCAGGAAAUAGUAAGAUCAUUUUGACAAAAGAAUCAUAUUCUUAAAAAUGAAUAUUGUUUCAAAACAAGAAAAAAAAAGUUUUUUAUUUUACACAAGCAUUUGUGAUACUUGCUCGUAAAGGUGUUCAGUUUUUGAUGAGAUAGUGAAGGUACACAAAUAUAAAAUGUAAAAGUUGCAAGUCACUCUAAAAUCCUUAACUUUCCAUUUUUUUUUUUAUAUAUAUAUUUUCUUUUUCCUUUAACUCCGUUGAAAUCUGUGAACUCGGAUGUCUGCAAAUUCACAUGUAUAUUUUCUUAAAAAAUUGACAUAAGUUUUUGAUGUUGAUGGAUAUCAAGUCUGCGCCAAAUUGAAUUUUCUUAAUUUUUUUUUAAUAACAAUGAGUUUGGAGCCUUAAGAAAUUAUGUGAUUUUACAAUUCUUAUAUCAAAUCAGAAAUAUCCUUUUAAGUUUGUAUACCAUUUUAAGUUAUCUCGAAAUACUUCUGAAUAUUGAAAAAAAAAAAAAAAAAAUUGUGAUGUUAUGCUGAAAAAGCAUCAUUCACAGCAAAAUAAAUCUCUAAGUGAUCAUGUUAAUCCAUAUCAAUACCAUUCUCUGAGUGAUCAUGUUAAUCCAUAUCAAUACCAUUCUCUGAAUUUUUAAAAAUAUUCAUGUUGUUUUGUUUGUGAAAAUGUUAAUCCUUUUCUGUUUCUACUCUUACUCAUGGUAGUAGUUGGGACCAACUUGAUGUAGCACAGGGUAGAAUUAUUUCAAAAUUAUUUAAAAUUUACAGAAAUCAGUUGUAGAUAUAGAACAGUAGAUGUUGUAAAUCUGAGAUGUGGUAACAGUGUAAUAGAUAUCACAGCCGUAAUCAACGAUCUUCCAUUGUAGUUUAUUAUCUUGUCUCAUUCAUAAAAAUUCACAAUCAUGGACAAAAAAGUUUGAGAAAUGUUUGGUUGGUGAUCUAAAAGGGAAGAGUUUUAAUGUAAUUAGCAUAAACCAGUGUUACUCCUAAUGAUUUCAGAUUUGUGAAGUCAAAAGUUUGAUAUUUCUAUAAUUAGAGAAUUUAUUGAUCUAUAAACCUAGGAAAUUAAGUGAUAGAUUUAUUGCAGACUUGAAAACUUUGAAAGUGUUACAAUCAUCAAUGGAUUCUACAACUGGUGCAAUACAAGUGUUGUUGAGACUGUAAAGAUGUCUGGUGUUAUAAUGUGAUAUGUAAAUACAUAUACUGGUUAUUAAUUACAGUUAUCUUGUGUUUUUGAAUUAAACUUGUGACACAUU